UGUUGACUUGAUGUUGACAACUUUCGAGCUGAACAUGUGAAUUUUGAUACCGUUUGAAAAAGAGUUUCUAAAUAGAAAUUUGAGUAAUUUCGGCCUUCUUUCUUAAUCGCAUCGGUUUCCUUUGUUGAUGUUUAGGUCGUGAGAUUAUUAGUAUGAAAAACGGACACGUAGAAAUGUCCCCAAAAAUGUCCAAAACCAAGAGCAGAGUGGUUGUUCUGAAGCACCGGUCGCCUCAGCAAAUGGGAAGACUUCUCAGUGGUUUGCCGAGAAAAAGACAGGGCAGCUCUUCUAAUGGAUUCACCGUGACCGAAGUCGAGGAAAGUAAUCCCGAUUCUGGCUUGCCAAAGAGGAGCAAAGAAGAAAUUACCAACGGAGAUGAGCACCGAUUUUCAGAGUUCAAGAGCACGUCGGUGUCGGACGCGGUGGUUUUCCGGCAGGUGGAGCCGGAGGUGUUCGAGGUGCAGUUCGUGCGGCGCCACCACCUGCACUUCCUCGGCAGGGUCAAGGCCGUCCUUGUGCAAGGGUCGGUCUCCGUGCUGGGGUACGCGUUGGAGGCUGACUUGGCGGUUUGCGUCUUUUCGAGCAGGGGCGCCUCCCUGAUGGCCUUGGAAGGUGAGCCGGGCGCCGUCCUGCGCCUCUGCAGGUUCGAGUCGCACCUGGACGAGUGCCUCUGCCGGCUGCAGCCCAUCGGCCUCUUCAGCGGCCACAAGGAGAAGCCCGGCGGACACAAACCGGCCGCCACGGCCCGACUGCUGGCCGAGCGCAGCCUCGAGUGCAAAUUCCUCUCGCCGGACACGGGCGAAAAACUCCUCAAACUCGAUCCCGCCUGGCAGAUGCACAUCGACCACCUUGUAUCCUUCAGCAAAUUCCCAGGGUUCCGAACCGUCUUGACCGGCGGCAAAGGCAUCGGCAAGUCAACUUUACUCCGCGUUUUGAGCAACCAAAUUUUGAGCCAGCAGAAGAGUGGCUUGUUCGUGCUUGACCUGGACCCAGGGCAGUCCGAGUUCACCGCGCCAGGGUGUGUGUCCCUGGUCGAGGUCACCGAACCCCUGCUCGGUCCCUCCUACACCAACCAGAAACCUCCCCUCAGGAGUGUCUUCCUCGGACAAGUGGACGUGACCAGGUGUCUGAAUGAGUACCACGAGGCUGUCCAAGACCUUGUAAAGUUUUUCUCCAAACUAGGCCAAAGCAAACCUCUCAUUGUCAACACGAUGGGCUUCAACUCUGGAAUUGGAGUUGACAUCAUGUCGAUGAUCUUGAAGCUGCUGAUGGAAGACGUUCCUGUCAAUGUAGUCAACCUGAAAAGCAGGGCGGCCAAAAGGAACUUCCCUGACGCCACCUUCGACCUGGGCAGCAAGUGCAGGGUCGUCGUACUGCCCUCAGUGGCGGAAAAGUCGGCCGGUUUUGGCUCCGAGUCCUAUUGGGGAAUGCCCGCGGUUGUUCAGAGGGAAAUCUGUCUGCUUUCUUACCUGAGCCCCCUGACGAGGCCACCAAACUAUUCCAUCCUCCGAACGCCACCAUAUGUAAUCCGCAUCGGGCACCUGGUGCUGGGGGUGGUUCACGAGUUCGUUCACCCCAACCUGAUCCUGAAGGCGCUGGUGGGCAACCUGGUGGCGCUGUGCAGAAUCGACGAAGCCUCUGCCCGAAUCCUGAGGCCGAGAAACGCGAGUCCGAUGACCUCGCCCGGGGUCGUGGCCAAGCCGGUCCCAGCGCUGCCCUGCUUUGGCUACGGGGUGGUGAGCGGAGUCGACCUGAGCGCAGGGCAGCUGUACCUGCAGAGUCCUGAGGCGGCCGAGCGUGUGGCCGAGACUAACUGCCUGCUGCUGGGGGCGGUUCAGCUGCCCCCCGUCCUGCGCACCGCGGGGGCCGCCGGGCCCGUUCCUUUCCUCUGCACAGAGGCCGCCUCCGAGACGAGCAAUCCCGUCAGACUCACCUUCAGACCUAUCGCCUCCCUCAUUGUCAAGAAGUGAAAUUUACCUCAAAGAUAAGUGAAAUUUUCUGUAAACUAGGCAAUUUACAGAUAACGAAGAUUAAAAAUAUUAAAUAUAAAACAUUUUUAGUAAAAAUUUCUUUUCAAAAGAAUAGUACGUUUAUUAAAUUUAAAUAGUGUACAAACGGUUUAACCUAGCUAGAGAGAACAA